AUGUCUACGGCUGGUUCUCACGUGGAAUGCACUCAAAACAUCGCUCUCCUCUACUGUCUUGGCAACAUAGGCUGUCCGCCUCAGAAGAAUAGUGUUCGAGACUGUGAAGCUAUUUGCAAGACGAGCAUCGACCGAACAUUGUCGUUUGAGCAUGAAAAGCUGUUGACAUGUACACUGGCGUUCCUUUCGAGUAUUAGAGAUGAUGUUUUGAAGAUUGCAGCUGUCUGUGUGGAAGAGAAAGGGUCUGGUCUCGUUGUGAUGGUCGCGGCCAAUUCAAAGGAUGGUAAUGGGUCGUCUGAUUAUCUCGAUGCUGUCAAGAAAGGGUACGAUAGGAUAUGCAAGUUACUGGAAGAGUCACCUGCAUUAUCGUCUGAGUCUUUAAAACAUCAAGUCUUCAGUGUCAUUGUCGCCAUGUGCCGCAGUCGAAUACUCAAUAGAGCGAGGCUCACCAAGCGUGGCCAGAAACAAAACAUCGAUAAGAUAUUGGGUUCGGUAAAGAAAGAGAUGGCGAAAUUAACCCUGAACGACGACAAGAGAGAGUUCAUCAAAUUAAGCCAAGUACUAAUCUCACGCAUGGAGGCUUUCCGAAAGAAGCUGACGCCAGAUACAUCGACUACCUCGAUAUUAGACAAGCAGCUGGAGUUGAUAGUCGAGAGUUUCUCUAAUAUCUCCCGGAUUCCAACUCUUGAAACGAUGCUACUUGAUGAAACUGGGCCGAGAAUGGAGUCGGAUUUGUGUCGUGGGUUACUGAAUACCAUCAACAAGAUGGCGCACUACCAGUCUUGCGCCUACACAUUGGUGAGACUUUCAAAACGAUAUACCUUGUUUAGAAACAUCUCUACCGUUACAGUCAAGCUAGACAGUUCAGCAUUUGAUAGACCAACACAAAAGGACACACGCUUUGAGUUGACGAAGCAUAUACUGAAACUCAAGAAGGACUACAACACCAACUGGGAUCUAAGAGAUCUCGAUCGAAAACUGGCCAAGAAUACAGAAACAUUCUGGAAAGAUUUUGAGAGAGUUACAGACGAGCCAAAGAUCCACGCAGAAAUUCAACUCAUAUGGUACUUGGAGCGUCGCCAAAGUCCUAUACCUCCACGAGUCAUUGCCUCUAACAAAGACGCUUGCUUCUUAUGCAACGCCUUUGUAUCCUUUCAUGGGAAUUAUAUGACCCCAAAGACCCACGGGAGAAUAUAUCCGGGAUGGAAACUACCCUCCAACGGACUUGAUGACACUAGAAGACUGUUCCCUAAGGAGUUGGAACGUAUGAUAGUAGAGAAGGUUGAUAUGUUGAGCAGACAGGGGCUGAAGCGGACUGUUUAUCCUAUGGAGAGUACAAUUUCUUUGGCGGCUGUUUCUGUGCGCUCUUAUGAAGACUCUCGUAGGUUGGAGAGCUUAAGAGGAACAGCCUCAGUUGCUUGUAGCAACAGUAACACAACGGCUGCACCGUCUAAGAGUAUCAAGCCUGCGACCCUUGAACCAAAUCCGACAGCACAGUCGGAAAGUGUGGUGAUUGGAGUCAAGAUGAAAACAAGGGACUUGGCCGCUCGAAACACUAAAACCCUUUCACUACCAAGAAACGACAGUUGUGUUGAUCUACCGGAGACGUUAGCUUUAGAGAAGCAGUUGGGCAACAACGAGAUCUCUAAGAAACACGACCUUCUUUCUAGUGAGCAAGAAGAUCAUGUUGGACACGCAAAAGUUGAGUUACCGCAGGAAGAGGUCACGAAUAAGGAGAUAUAUCGAGAUCAAGCUCAUCCACCUCCAACAAACUCACACUCUUUGAACGAUGAAUCAAGUGAUUCUACAAACUCAUGGAAAGAAGUCGAGAAGGAUUUAACCAAGGGCAUCAAGGUCGAUAGUUCACUUCAUCUUUACAUCGAGUACACGACAUCUCAUCCAUGCACAUCAAAAGUCCUCAAGGUGAGGGCGAGAAGAUUGUCGGCUGAUGAAACUGAAAAGACCGUGGAGGAUUUAUGUGACUUGGAUAGCCUGCCAGAGAAGGACUUUGAACUUGGAAACUGCCGUCAGGUCAAGAUAAGAGCUGGCAAGAGAGUUUAUGUAGUGGACUUGGGUGAUUUUGUUGGGCAGUAA